UCUUAGGGCAAACAUAUAAAUUAUUAAAUUUCGUAAGUAAAAAAGUCAGAGUAGGUAAUCACACAUGAGUUCGAGCCAGAGAUUCGUGAGGCAACACAGUUCUGUAUGCCUGAAGGAAGAUGACGCAAUCAGCUCUCAGUAUUCCCGGGCAGACGAGACUUUGCCCACGCCCAGGGAGGCAAUGAGGCGGGGUAACUGCCAGGACUAUCGCUUCCAUCGGGCGGAGACCUACCCCUCGAUCCGUCCGCAUGUGCCACCCUGCGAUCCCAGCAAGACCAAGGCCUUCGCCUGGUUGGCCGACUCCAUCGAGGCGGACGGUUGUGGGCGACCUUUUGAAGUGAAACAGGACGACGUAGUGCUCCAGUGGCAGCAAAUUUCGGGUAAGAAUACGUUGGGUUUCUAUGGCGUCGGCUCGCCUACUAGUCACCCGGAGUCGGUGAGGUUUAACCAGGUGCUGAUGGCUAGCCUGGACAAGGCAAGCGUUGACGCCACCAAGCGUCGUUCUACCAAGCCGCCUCCGAAAAGAAAUACCCAUGUGAAGAACUCUGUUUCCGGCCAGAUGGGCCAGCACUUCAUCCUCAAUCGUCGGGCUCUGCAGAGGGAGAUGCGGCAGAUGCCCAUGGUUCAGCGGAGGCUGAAUCCUCUUAAGGUCUUGGAGUCGAUCUUCUGCCCCGAUCCCCACGAUCCCUUUGAUGUAGCAGAGCACGAAAAUGUGAGGGUCUCCAUAUCCCAAGCCCUUGACAUGGAACGAUCUCCCAAAAAGAGGCCUCACGGACUACGACGCCGUCACUGGUACUGCCCCCCGGAUUGCGAUGGAGAGCAGAAUGCUUGCUCCCAGUACGAGUGGGCCAAGUACAAGCUUGAUCCCCGGCCCUAUAACGCAGAGUUUCGGCAAUGGCUGUGCAACCAGAGAGAGAUAAGGAGUCGCGAACCCAAGGACUACGAUCAGUUGUACGAAAGAUUUCUUAAUUGCUUCGAGCAGGAUCCCUUGCCUGAUCCGCUCUUGAAGAUGUAUGAGAGCUGCUGCCUGACAAAGAAGUCAGGUGACGACGAUGGGCAAGGCGGUGGCGAUUGGCAUGGUGGUGAUUGUGGCGGCACUGGGGGGGGAACCCGAGGAACUGAAUACAAGGACGAAAAUAAGUAUGGAAACAAGGACAAAAUCAAGUACAUGGAUAAGGGCAAGGAUAUGGACAUGGAUAUGGACAAGGAUAAGGACAAGAAUAUGGAUAUGGAUCUGGACAAGGAUAAGGAAAAGAACAAGAACAAGAAGGACAAGAACAAGGACAAGAACAAGCACAAGGAUAUGGACAGGGAUAUGGACAACAACAAGGACAAGGAUAUGGACAAGGAUAAGAAGGAUAUGGACAAGGAAAAGAACAAGGAUAAGAACAAGGAUAAAAACAAGGAUAAGAACAAGGAUAUGGAUAUGGAUAAAGAAAAGAACAAGGAUAAGAAUUCGGCCAAGGACAAGGACAAGGACAAGGAGAAGAACAAGAACGAGGACAAGGACAAGGUGACCGAAGAUGGCAAAACUAAAAGCUCGGAUGAUAGAGAUGGAAAUGAAGACUGGAAGAUAAAACGUGAGAGCCGGAAUAAAGACAAAAAGCAGAAAGAAAAGAAAAAGCAGACUGAUGACCUGAACAAAUUCGAACGGGACAGCGAAGUACCUAGCACCGGGUUAUCUGACCGGGAUAAUGAGAGAGUGAGCAAAGUCGAACAACAUUCAAAAAUAGAGCAGGAUUCGCGAAGGCCCACUGGUCAAAGGAAAACAAAUGCCGACUUGGAUGGUUCUAAUGAGGUUCCCCACGUGAUAAGGAUUCCCAAAGAUUCCAUUAGUAGGAUCAAGGACAAGGUUAAGAAUGUAAAAAAACGACCAAACACGAAAAAGGACAAGACCAAGAAAAAUGACAAGAUUAAAAAUCCGAAAAAGUGCCAGGACCCUAGAUGCCCGCCCCAAGGAUGCCCGUGCGAGAUCUGUGACCUAAUAGACCGCGGUCGCGGCGAGCCGGAAGCCCCCUUCAUCCAGGACAUGAAGCGGGCGGACCAAAAGCGAAAGCUUCGGGACUACUAUCGUCAGAUGUGCCACCGGGAGUACAUCAGCAAAUGCUGUCGAGAGAACCUUCCCGCUCCUCUGCACAAAUGCGACCCCAUCAGCUACGACAAUAGCUUCUGCCAAAGUCCACGUCUCGCCCAGCACUGCGAGUGUCUGGAGGCGGUGCAGGAUCUGCAAAAGAUUCUUACGGACCGCCAGGACAUACAACUCCUACGCCGCGUUGAGGAAUUGCGCCGGCGCAUUAGCCAGCGGAUGUGCGAGUGCAUCUUAAACUGAAUCGGUCGGGAGCUCACAUCUGUGCCCCUUAUAAGGUUGUUUUUUUGGUUUAGUUAUUUCAAAGCUUUAAGAAUAUCUAUGUAAAAAACCUAAAUUAUUAAUUAUUUAGUGUGCUUGAUUUCCUUAACAUUUUGUUUCAAUAAAGCUAAUGUUGCAGAGUUAUGCGGAGCUUUUCAACGGA